ACAAAAACUUUAGAAAUACGUGGCGUUUUUAACAAAAUUUCAUUAAAAUUUAAAAUGUUUAAUUAGCCUACAACUAUCGUAUUACAAAUAUGGCAUUUUUAGAAUAUUUACAAUUAAUACUAUUCAUUAGUUCCGCUAUAUUUGCGGCACUUUUAAUAUCGCUAUUUAUAGUACAAAAGUCAAUAACAACUCCUUUACCGAUUAUAAAAAGGCACAAACAAGAGAAAACCUAUUUGGAUCCAAAUAUUUUGAAAAAUUAUGAAUUCCCGAGUAUAGAAGAUGAGCCUAGUUUAGAUUUAAGUGUCAUAGUACCAGCAUAUAAUGAGGAACAACGUAUGCCGGUUAUGUUGGAUGAAUGUCUAGAGUUUCUAGAGUCAAAAAGUAAGGCUGGAAAUUUUACAUAUGAGAUCAUUGUCGUCAGUGAUGGCAGUUCAGAUGGCACAGUUUCUUUAGCACUAAAAUACUCGAAAAAGUAUACAGUCAAUAAAGUACGUGUCUUGGAAUUAAUCGAAAAUCGUGGUAAAGGUGGAGCAGUAAGACUGGGUAUGUUAAGUGCCCGUGGUCGUCAUUUACUAUUCGCUGAUGCAGAUGGUGCCACCAAGUUUUCGGAUUAUGAUAAGUUGGCUGAGGCAAUAACGUCUAUAGCUGGCAAUUGGCAAGAAGAUGCUGUUGUCAUAGGCUCGAGGGCACAUUUGGAAAAAGAAGCCAUUGCUUCUAGAAGUGCUUUUAGAACUUUUCUCAUGCAUGGUUUCCAUUUCCUAGUGUGGCUAUUCGCUGUGCGCUCUGUGAAAGAUACCCAAUGCGGUUUUAAACUGUUGACAAGAGCGGCAGCUAAUAAGCUGUUCAAAAGUUUACACGUUGAAAGAUGGGCUUUUGAUGUUGAACUUUUGUAUUUAGUUGAACGUCUUAACAUUCCAGUUCGUGAGGUGGCCGUCAAUUGGCAAGAGAUAGAAGGUUCAAAAUUAACCCCCUUCUGGUCAUGGAUACAGAUGGGUACCGAUUUAUUUUUAAUUUGGUUCCGUUAUUUGGUUGGCGCUUGGCAAAUCGAUAUUAAAUCUCAUAAGGAAUAAUUUUUGUUUUGUUAUUGGCUUCCUUAUAACUUUCCAAAAUUUUAAGUUUUUCUUUUUUUUUAUAAAGUUUUAUACUUUUUCUAUAAAGUAUUUUUAAAGAUUUUUUUUUGAUGUAAGAUCUAAAAUUACUUUUUAAUAUCGUAAUUAAUGAAUAUAAAGUUUUUUUAUCUUAUAAAGUCAAGUUUCAUUUGG